AUGCGAGAGCGGAACCAAAGUCAGUAUCAACUUGUUUGGCUGCGGAAGAUUGCCUGCACGCAUGCCAAGCGGACUCGGUGCAGCUCAGCACAAAUUGCACGAGACGAAGAUGGCAUCGCCGCCUACGCCAGCCAAAGGCAGAGAGAUGUGUUGGGACCACUUACGAUGUGGGAGGCACCACGGGUGCGCGAGGCCUUGAUCUGUGCGCCGCUGUUGGGCGUGGAAAGGGUAGCGUUCGACGACAUGUUAGCGACGAGAAAGCUAUGA